UGACGGGUAAACGAAAACCUGGUGAUGAUUCUGAUGAUUCUAUGAGUGAAAGCAAAAGCCCACCAAGUUCCCCCAGAAUUAACAACCAUACACAUGAAAUGGACAUAACAGUUAAGAGGGCUAAGCUCAGCAACGAAAAAGUGUUUCCUCUGAGCAAACUGUUGGGGACUCUUGACAAACCGCAGUUGUUGUCACUAAUAAACAACCUUAUGGAUGCGCACCCUAACCUACAGUCAGAAAUCGCUUCCCACAUCCCUCGACCAACUAUUCAAUCGGUUACACAUAUUUUGGCGGGGAUGGAGAAAAAGUAUCAGGAUAGUUUUCCAUACACCAAAUGGGGGCAGUCUAAAGAUGAUUAUAGUUUCAAUCGAGUGAAACCGGCGAUCGUGGAAUUAACGGAUGCUAUUUUGGACUAUGCAGACCAUUUUACAUCCCCAGAGGAAUUUCCAACCAGCACGUUCUCCUUCCUUCAUCUUGCCACUGGCGUUACGAACCGAUUGCCAGAGUGGGACAAUAGCUUGCAUAACGAACUCAAACGUGAUAUCUAUCUGAAACUGGUCGACUAUUGGAAGAAAGCUAUUAAUGAUGCUUCAAGUAAACUCCAUGAGGGCAAAAUAUAUGGACAAACGGUUGUCAACGAAUGGGCAAGAAACACAACCGAGAAUCUAGUGGCAUAUUUCAACAAGUACUUGAGGAAUUUGUUGAGAAACUUGGUGGCAUCAUUGGACUUCAAAAAGUGGGAUCCAACGUAA